CCAAUAGUGCUCCUGCUACCCAUCAUGAUCCUCUUCAUUCCCGCUCCCGUGUGCAUCAUGACGCAGACGGCGGCGCGGAUCGAGAGGGAGGUCCAGCGCGUGGACGCAGUCUGUCGGGCGCAGGAGAUGCGCGGCGUCACGUUCCGGGCUGAGAAAGUGGCCACUGGCGUCACCGUUGGCCGCCGCCGCCAGCACGUCAACAACGACUUUGGCCUCGUCGUGCGUCUCACCGCCGGCGGGGCCACCUCACGGGCCUAUGGAGCUUCUGCGAUGCCAUUUGGCGUCCCGACCGGCGGCGCCGCGCCAUUUGGGCAAACCAUCCCUUCGGUCCAGGCGACCGCCGUAAACGCGAGCGUGCCAGUCGUGCACGCGAGCCCCGUCGCGGUGGCCGCGUCGAGCGCUAGUCCCUCCAUUGUGGACCAACUUAACUCGCUCACGUCGCUCUACCAGUCGGGCGCGCUGUCUGCGAGCGAGUUCGAGGCCGCCAAGGCGCGGCUGCUGGACAACGACAAGACGCGGCUCAUGAAUGCGGGGUUCUGAUGCACUCGACCGACCAGCGUGUCCUGCUUCUCGGUGUCGAGCCGCGCGUUGAGACUGCCGCGCGUCCGCCGGCCGGAGAGGUGGGCGUACAGCGAGGCGAGGUCGCCGGCGGCGAUGUCGGCGAGCAGCGUGGCGGGCGGGCUCGCGGCGGGUGCCAUAUCACCGAGUCGAGACGCAGCGGCUACGUCAGAGGACCACAGGCACCAGGGCGGUGUGUGUUAUAGUGUAUCGCACGGCGCCAGCGGACGGCUCUCUGUCUGGGGCGGGGGCUCGAGAGCGCGUCGGAGGGCGGACCUCCCCUCAAGGCGUACGCCAGACUGCCCAACAGGGCGUCCACAC